AUGACACCGUUUGUUGACGCUGUCGUAAAAGUGUGCGACUUGUCUUUACAUGGUAGCGGAACCACAAACGCAGAAGUUAGCUCGUAGUUAAUCACUAGAAGGCGAGCAACUUGUGCAUUUGCUUGUUAAUAAUUUGAUUAACACAGCAAAUAGUAACUUUAAUCGAAAUUUGAUGUCAUUAGCUUGUAAGGUAGUCAGCACGUAAUGUCUUGUUAGCCUAGCUUAGCGAAGUCCUUUAGCUAAGCAGCAUUGCUCAACACAGUUUUAACAGAGAUGUGUCUCAACAAGGGUGGAACUUGUUCCAGUAACACCUAGCAGCCAGUGUGACUACAAAACUGUCCUUCAUGUGUUAUUGUGGUAAACUGCCGUUGGUUAAAUAGGUUUUCUUCCAAACUGGGGCUGCCUCCGAAGCGUUCACAACAUGUUGAACAUUCCGACCCAGUCAUUCCCUGCGCCGAGUUCUCAGCAGCGGGUCGCUCCAUCCGGCCAGUCCGGGAGGAACAAGGUGGCCUUGAAGCCUGGCCACAGUCUAAUGGACUGGAUUCGGUUUUCCAAGAGUGGAAAAGAUCUGACCGGGCUCAGAGGGCGCCUGAUCGAAGUUACCCAGGAAGAGCUGCAGAAACACAACAGGAGAGAUGACUGCUGGACCUGCAUACGAGGUAUGGUUUACAAUGUGACCCCCUACAUGGACUACCACCCUGGUGGAGAAGAGGAGCUGAUGAAGGCAGCUGGAAUAGAUGGCACUGACCUGUUUGACCAGGUCCAUCGCUGGGUGAACUAUGAGUCCAUGUUAAAAGAGUGCCUGGUGGGCAAGAUGGCCAUUAAGGCCACCACAGCUAUUAAAGCUAUCAUCCCUCCUCCACCACCGACUGGCCUCGCCCCACCUAUCUCGUUGGCUCCUCCCCCAGACAAAGACUCUCGGCCUCGGUACGACUGGUUCCAAACUGAUGGGACUGUUCAUCUGGUCGUUUAUGCUAAAAGGAAGAUCCCCAGCUCAGGCUGUACCACUGUUGACUUUGAGGCUGGUGUUCUACGACUGGAAGUGCUGCUGGGGAAAAUGUCCUACAUGAUACAUUUACGUUUAGCUGAUGAAGUUGAGGGAAAUGUUGCUGUCCACACUGCCUUCUUAGUGGGAAAGAUCCAGGUCAGCUUACGCAAACAGGCUAAAGGAAAAUGGACAAGUCUUGGUCAACCGCUGGAAUUUCACAAUACAUUUCUACGCAAAAAAGACAGAGCUCUCUACUACCGGGAGUGUGUGUUGAUGUCUAAGACUGAGGUGAACCAUAACACCCAUGUGUUCAGAUUGCAACUUCCACAUGGGACUGUCAUGCAUGUGCCUGUUGGAAAACAUGUCUACCUCAAAGCCCGCAUUCAAGACACCGAGAUAGUGAGGCCAUACACUCCUGUAGAUCAGAACCUGGCAGCAGCCUCACAGGAAUCAGACCUCUACCUCAUGAUCAAAGUUUACCCUGAUGGAGUCUUCACCCCACAUCUCAACAGCCUGCACAUUGGUGACCAUAUAUCUGUUAGUGGUCCAGAGGGUACCUUCAGUCUCCCCCUUUGUGAUGUCACAUACCUCUUCCUAUUAGCAGCAGGCACAGGGUUCACGCCCAUGGCUCGCCUCAUCCAACUGGCCCUACAGGACAUUGACACCAUCAGAAAAACCAAGCUGCUCUUUUUUAACCGACAAGAGGAGGACAUUCUGUGGCGCUGUCAACUGGAUGAACUGGCUGCUAAUAAUGAGAGGUUUCAGGUGGAGUACGUCCUCUCUGAGCCCUGUGAAAGCUGGACCGUCAGAAAGGGUCGGGUGGAUGAGUCCAUGCUCAAGGAUUUCCUUAACAGGCCAGAUGGGUCCAAAUGCUAUGUGUGUGUGUGCGGCCCCACUGCCUUUACAGAGCUAACAAUAGGGUUGUUGAAGCAGCAGGGCUUCAGUGAAGAGGAGCUCUACGCCUUCCAGGGCUGAUGAGCUCUGCCUUGAUGUGUAUGUGUGUGUGUGUGUGCGUGUGUGUGUGUGUGAGAGAGAGAGAAUUUUAAUUUAUAAACUUGUGUUUGUAAGAAAUGAAAAGAACAUUGUAUUUCUAUGCACCAAAGACCUGAUGAUGCUGACAGCAGACAACACACCACAGGCUGCAUAGAAACAAAAUCACAGUGCAGUAAGAUUCUUAUGAUUCGGACAGUUUGGUCAGUGUCUGGAACAAAGUUAAUAGAGUUCAUGAAAACUAUGAGUUGAAACAUUGUAAAGGUGUGUAAAAUAAAAGCAGUAAAAUAUGCUGAGACAAAAAGAAAUUAAUGAGAUUAUGUAAACUGAUGAGGUAUAUGCAGUAUAAAAAGAGAAUUAACAUGAGCUUUGAAGUGUGUAGCAGAGGAUCUUCUGCAGACACUUAUGGAUCUUAAUGUUCCAGUUAUAAUGAUGCAGUUGCAGGAUAGUUAAAAUCACUGCAGUGAAAUAAAAUGCAUUAUGGUAAAAUUUUUAAAUGCUAGUCUCCCAUUCAUUAAGACUAGGGCAAUUUUCAUUGUUACUUCUGAUUUGAGUCUUGACUCACCCAAGUUCAUAGACAUUGAAAUUGGUCACUUUGCUGCAACAGAAAGGAAACUGUGAUGUGAAACUGUUAUGUCACUGUUCAGUACAUGAUUAUUAAUGGUAAACAAUUCAAAAAUAUUUCAUAGUUUGCAAUCACACACUCAUGUUACGUUCUAGUUGUCAGGAGGCAAGUUGCUGUGUUGACAAUGUAGUUAGCAUGGAUGUUCAUGCUGCUCAAAAGUUUGGGUGCACAGUUGGAAUCUAACUUUGUCAACAGAGAUUGCCAUAUGUGAAGGAGGCAAUAAUAGCAAACACAUUGAGGAUGGACAAAUCAGGUCAAACCAAAUGAACAUGGCAUUAAUUGGAAGUAGUGCAGCACACUGGAUAACAUUACAGCUGAGCCUGCUACUGCAGUAGAGAAGGUAGAAUUCAUUCUUCAGCACACAGCUGCUCUUUAUGUGUUGAAAACAUCCCCAGUUUAAAAACAAAUGAGCACCUGAGCUCCUCCUGGCCUGUUUCACAAAAGCCCAGCUAAAAGAUUCUGAGAUAGACCUUACAGUGCACUGGUAUCUAUCAUCAGUGACGAAACCUGGGAUCAUUGGGUGUUUCACGUCUUCCAACAUCAGACACCCUCAACCCAGCCAGGGUUGACCAGCCCCCAAUUUGUGUCCCUGCAGGACUACCCCACAGAUCACUCCUCCUGAUCAGAAGCCUCCAAUGUGUUCCUGAUGCCUCCUCUCUGUGCAGCUUCUGUAAUGUCCAGCAGCAUGGUGGAACUGCAGAGCGAUCAGCCAUAACAUUUUGACCACUGAUGGGUGAAGUGAAUAACACUGAUAAUCUCGUCAUCAUGGCACCUGGCAGUGGGUGGGAUUAUGCAGCAAGUGAACAAUUUGUCCACAAAGUUGAUGUGUUAGAAGCAGGAUAAAUGGGCAAAGGGGCCAAAUUGUGAUGGCUAGACAACUGGGUCAGCGCAUGUCCAAAACUGCAGCUCUUGUGGGGUGUUUCUGGUCUGCAGUGGUCAGUACCUAUCAUCAAAAGUGGUCCAAGGAAGGAAAAUUGGUGAACCAGCGACAGGGUCAUGGGCGGCCGAGGCUCAUUGAUGCACGUGGGGAGCAAAGGUUGGCCCGUGUGGUCCGAUCCACCAGACAAGCUACUGUAGGUCAAAUUGCUGAAAAAGUUAAUGCUGGUUCUGAUAGAAAGGUGUCGGAACACACAGUGCAUCGCAGUUUGUUGCGUAUGGGGGUUGCAUAGCCGCAGACCAAUCAGGGUGCCUAUACUGACCCCUGUCCACUGCCGAAAGCACGUACAAUGGGCACGUGAGCAUCAGAACCGGACCACGGAGCAAUGGAAGAAGGUGGCCUGGUCUGAUGAAUCACGUUUUCUUUUACAGCACAUGGAUGGCCGGGUGCGUGUGCAUUGCUUACCUGGGGAACACAUGGCACCAGGAUAUACUAUGGGAAGAAGGCAAGCAAGGAGGCAAUGUGAUGCUUUGGGCAAUGUUCUGCUGGGAAACCUUUGGUCCUGCCAUUCAUGUGGAUGUUGCAUUGACAGGUGCCACCUACCUUAGCAUUGUUGCAGACCAUGUACACCCUUUCGUGGAAACGGUAUUCCCUUAUGGCACUGGCCUCAUUCAGCAGGAUAAUGCGCCUUGCCAUAAAGCAAAAAUGGUUCAGGAAUGGUUUGAGGAACACAAGAGUUCAAGGUGUUGACUUGACCUCCAAAUUCCCCAGAUCUCAAACCAAUCGAGCAUCUGGGAUGUGCUGGACCAACAAGUCCAAUCCAUGGAGGCCCCACCUCGCAACUUACAGGACUUAAAGGAUCUGCUGCUAAGGUCUUGGUGCCAGAUACCACAGCACACCUUCAGAGGUCUAGUGGAGUCCAUGCCUCGAAAUGUCAGGGCUGUUUUGGCGUCAAAAGAAGGACCUACACAAUAUUAGGCAGGUGGUCAUAAUGUUAUGGCUGAUCGGUGUAAAGCUCUACGUCCUGAUUAUUUUUUAUCUUGUGUGCCUCCGAUCUGACAGUAGGACAAUGUCAUGCCUCAGUACUAACAGUGUAAUGGUUUUAGGGAACUUGAACCCCUUACCCAUGUCCACAUGCAGCUCUGUCACUGCAAUGAGUAGGCCUGUUGACACCCUCGACUGUGGUUGAGGCUACUCACCAGCUCUCAUGAAUACAGUGUGCUUCCUAAGCGCGUGGAGGUGGUUGCGGCUGUUGAUGUCUUAUGCGACACUGCUUCAGCACCUGGUCAAGGUGCCUGCAAUGGCAGCCUUUUCACAGGGCCUUCUGGUAGCUGCUCAGGAUAUACUCCACAGUUCCUCCUUGGGAUCUCAGCACCUCACGCUUGCCCAAUGCAAUGGGAUUAGACUGACAUAUCAAAGCAUUCCUACACAAUCUGAAUCAUGAAUUUAAUGCGCUGGGGUUCUGCCUGCCAAAUGUCAGACCAAGAAAGCUCCUUCUCCUGCGCACUCAAGCCUUGUCAGUGCCUGCCUGCACAUCCUCCUGGACUGGUUGAUGUCUGUCCUUGCCCUGGACCUAGUCAUAGCAAAUGGCAGGUAAGCUGCCUAGCCCCACCUGACCUAUAGCUGCCAUCCCUCACCAGAGCCCUAUACCUCAGCUGAGAGUCAGCGACUUCCAUUGUCUAUAGUUCGCUCCACUUCCUCCCAGAUCGUCCACUCUUUCGUCUAGUGACCACAGAUGAUGUUACCAGUAAGACAGGGAACAUUGUUUGCUGCUGAAGUCAGAUUCUCAAUAUUUUACCAAAAAAAAAAAAAAGUAGAAGGCAAAAAUUGCCAGUGGUGAAACUAAAAAGCUCAGAUCAGACCAAAUCUCGGGUGGAAAGAAGCACUAGUUUGCAACUGUCAUGUCUCCUUGCUUAAUGCAUCCUAUGUUUGUGCCAGAACUACAGAUUGGUAUCAGCAAAACCUAGACAAUACCAUCUCUGCUGUUGGGUGUGGUCAGAAGUGCUACACAGAUGAUAUUUCAAUUGUGUAGUUACUCUUAAAGUGGUAUCCUUGAAAUUCUUUUUUUGAGCCACAACUAAGUGCUACUGUGAUGUGUCUUCACUGCACUUCACCACAUGCUACAUCACCAUAAUGAACAAAUAAGAAACCCAUGGCAUUCACAAACUACGUGGAAUGAGUGGGGAGCUUGUGCUUCAAUGAGUGGAUAGAUUUUUUCAACAGUGUCUCCCCAAAAUUACUGUAACAAAUACAAGCUCCUUUUGAAAGCAGGUAUGAACACCUUGGGCAGAGAGUCUGUCCACUCCAAACGUCUGGCUGUCAUCGUCACUGCGAGACUGAUGUUGCUGUGUUGUUAGCUUCAGGGCCCAUUAGUUUUACACCUGUGCUUGCAGUUAAUGAUGACAGGCGAAUCUACUUUCCCAGUAGGCUUUUAAAGGGCUUGUUUGUGCCACAGCUUGAUUCUUUUAAUUUUCUUUGUGACAAAGCUGAAAACUGUGCUCCUAGGCAAAGCAAAACGCCACUGUUUGAGUUUCUAAGGGUGGCACUCUUCUGUUUUAAGCUGUGGCUCAGUUUUUCCUUUUAUUCCAAGCAAAUCACACAGGGAUUUUGCCGGGUAAAGACUCAUAAGACACUGAAGAACAGAAAAUGUGCCUAUUCAGACAUAGUGUAGCAAAACAGAUAUUCACGCACAAAGUAAACCCAACAUCAGGUACAGCUAUCUGCUCUCAGGUUACAGCCAGUUUUAUUGAAGCCAGUAAUGUCCAAUCCUGUGCCAUGAAAAGACUUAAUACUUGCCAAACAUGACAGCUGCUCAUUUGAUCAACACAGUUUGAAUCAGGAGGAGGAAGAAAUCUGUGAAAUGAGCUGGUCAACUGGAAGGAAAACUUGUAUGUCACAGUACUGGACACCAGGCUUAGAGGAAACUGGAUUACUGUUACAUACAGAUGCUCUGUGGAUGACUAUUCAUUAGGAAUAGUGCAAUUUGUAUAUGUAAUAUGCUACAUGCUGUAUCUCCAUUGUUAACUUUGUGUCAUUCUUAUUUCAUGUAUAGACUACAAGGGCUAGACUGAUACACAGUAUGUCAGUAUAUGGGACAAUUAUUGUCAUUCAAUCAUUCAAAAUGUGCCAGUCACUACAGUCCACCUGUAAGAUAUAAUGCAGUUUCCUGUAUAGUUUCUAAGUGCUGUUUCAAAAGCUUUUCCACUCAGUUCCAAACAGUUCUGGGGGAAUUACUGAAUACUUUCUUGGCAUGACAAAUGAAAAAAUUAUUAUACUGAAUAUUGCCACAACAUUCUGGCAGCAUCAUUACAUAUAUACAUUAAAAGGCCCAUGUAAGCUAAACCCCAGUACUUACUUCUGUUUUGUUUUGCUAAUUUUCUUCUCAAGAAGUAAUUAAAGAAGCCCUCCUAUGGCUUGGUAAGUCUAAAUAAAGCUGUGGUUCCUUCUGGUA